GGUAGGAAGAGACGAACGCAUUCCAGGAACCUUCGGUGGAAGAUAGGCAUUCUUCUAUAGAAAUAGGAACAGCAAAGGCACAUACAGCAGACGAUACUACCGUUGCACCAGAGAGCAACAAGAACAAGAACAAGAACAAGAGCGGCAACCACCACAAAACACACCAUCGAAAUGCGGGCACGCGGCUCGGAAGCAGCGAUCUCUCUCCGCGUCCUGGCGACAGCCCUGCUCGUCGCCUGCUUCUCCCCGAGAAGCGGCCUGGCAGCCGCGAAACCGCCGAGAAUCCGGKGCAGGGCAUCGGCGGAGCCGGUGGGAGCCGUCGAACCGUCGGUGAAACAGAAACAACCCACCAGCGGCACGAAAGGCACCACCAACGACAAACGCCGCGAGCUCCACGCCCUGCCGUACGCCCACAGGCACUACCCACGGCCCGGUGGAGGCGGGAGCGGAGGCCACCACGGCCCGUCGCCACCACUGCCACCACAGGGACAAGGCCAAACCACGGGCUACACGUACCAAAACGGGCGAUACGUCAAGUACUACAAGCGGCCCGUUCCCGCUCCAACGACACAAAAGAACAACAACAGAAACACUCGCAUGCCAAGCCACGGACGUCGUCGUCCCACCCAGCGCCCCUCCCGGAGGCCCUCCACACCGCGAUCGCAGCGGCCAACAACGGCUCCCGAUCGACCGGUCGAACCCACGCGGUGUUCCUCCCUCGGUGAGUCGUCGAUAAUUUCCUUGGUGCCGGACGCUUGCCUGGCAAGGUGGCACCGCACUGUUGUCUUGCCACAACGUGCCACCUUGGUUCCAAUCACCAAACCCGUCGCACCUACCAGCUGGUGCACCCACUCACUUCUUUUUUUUCUUCCUCAACCCCCCCCCCCCCYCCGAAACACCACACGAACAAAACAAAACGAAACCACAGUCGAGGUGGUGUGUUUCGAUCCGGAGCUGCGCAUGACGCUCGCCUGCGGCCUCCUGCGGGAGUACAACCUGGAGGACCGGCUGUCCUCCUCGGGGAGCGUCACCUUCUUUGCACCGACCGACGAAGCCUUUGCGAGGCUGGGCGACGAGCACCCGGAUGUUUUCGACACGGUCCUUCCGGGGGUCGACGAAUCCAUCCUCCUCUACCACUUGGCAAACGGCGGGUUUUCCCUGUCGGACCUGGAGUGCACCGGGCUCGUUCCGACCCUCCUGGAAGGCCGGUCCAGCCGGACCAAGUGCGUGGGGGACGACCGGUUCCAGAGGGGACCCGGGAACGGGACCGGCGGAAGCGCGGGAGAAGGCCUCCCGAGGAUCAUCGACCCGGACCUCCCGGCCUGCGGCGGGAGCCUGGUCCACGUGGUAGACCACGUCCUCCUUCCGAGGCUUCCGGCCGCCGCCACCGCCACCGGAAACGAACCUCCGGUCGGUGGGGGAACGGAAGAAAGGGCCACCGGGGGGCCCACGGUCGAGCCCACCGCGGGGGCAUCGCCCGUGCCGACGCUGCGUCCAACAUUGCUGCCGACCCGGAGGCCAAGCACGGAGCCAACGGCUGCCGCACGAACCCCGGAGCCGACCACCCCGCACACCACAACGCCAAGCACGGCGAAAACCGCGGGGCCUACCUCGCAGCCGACCUCGGAGCCAACAACCACAGCAAAAACCUCGGGGCCAACAACCACGCCACGAACCUCGGAGCCGAGCAUUCCCGCCGUUGCGGAACGACCGGCACCCGGGGACCGCCCGUUGCCGGCAACGGCCACUCCGGAUCCCGUGGCCCAAGACGCCGGCACCCAGUUCCCAACGCAGGCGUGGACCUCGUUCGGGACGUGGGGUCCCACCACGACCCCUUUCCCGACGUAUUGGGGGACGUGGGGUCCCACAUCCACCCCCUUCCCGACGUACGUGUGGGACGGGGCUUGAGGCAUCGCCGGAGUGCGGCGUUUCGUGCCAUCGACCGUUGCAUCCCGCUGUUUCGAGUGUUCUUCUCGGUGGACUCCGUUGUGGCACCGCUAACUUUGUGUCAGAGACUUUUGCGAUCGGUUCUGUGGGGAAAAUGUGGUUCAAGCUUUGGAAGGGAGAACGUCGUGAUCGACAACAACAUUAGCAGUACUACCACUGCUUUCUUCGGCAUGAACCAGUAGUCCCAAUUACUUCAGCACAAUAUUAAUAUGAUAGAAUCAGGUUGCCUCUUUUUUGAGUAUUUCUUCAUUCUUCAUUUGACUGAGCAACAAAGUGUAUUUAGAUUUCUGUUUCACUACUAAGCAAAUCCGUACUGGUACCAGUAUUUGAUCUUAAAGAGCUGAUGGUACUACAACAGCAUCGUAGUUCUAAAAAUAAAUUACUUUUGCAAUG